UCUGUUUGGUCGCGCGACGGGAGCGAGCGGUGCUCGCGCGGGCGUGUUAUCAGCCCGCCGGUAGAAGCCGAAAGGAUCUGCGUCGCUGUGUCUUUUAUCAUCUGUUUCGUUUUUUUUUUGUUUCCCCUUCUAGUGGAGAGUCCUCCUCUGACGACGUGACCAUGUCUGGAGGGUCUAGCAGCGAUCCCGAAGGCGUCCUGAGCUAUCAGAGGACCGAUGAGGAAGCGGUGGUUGACCAAGGCGGAACGAGCUCCAUCCUGAACAUCCACUAUGAGAAGGAGGAAUUAGAAAGCCACCGCACGUUAUACGUGGGAGUCCGAAUGCCCCUCGGAAGACAAAGCCACCGACACCACCGGCCUCACGGUGCGAAACAUCGGAAGCGGGAUAGGAUGAAAGAUACCAUCCACGAGGAGGGACCAUCACAUGACACCCCUUCCCAGCGUGUCCAGUUCAUCCUCGGAACUGAGGAUGAUGAGGAGCACGUGCCCCACGAGCUGUUCACAGAGCUCGACGAGAUUUGCGUGAAGGACGGCGAGGAUGCAGUGUGGAAAGAGACGGCCAGGUGGUUGAAAUUUGAGGAAGAUGUGGAGGAUGGAGGAGAGCGAUGGAGCAAACCUUAUGUCGCCACACUGUCUUUACACAGUCUGUUUGAGCUUCGGAGUUGCAUCAUCAAUGGCAGCGUGCUGCUCGACAUGCGGGCAAACACCAUUGAGGAGAUCGCAGACAUGAUCCUGGACCAUCAAGAAGCCUCCGUGGAACUAAAUGAGAGCAUUCGGGUGAAAGUGCGCGAGGCCCUCAUGAAGAGACACCAUCACCAAAUUGAAAAGAAAAGAAACACUUUGAUUCCUAUUGUCCGUUCUUUUGCGGAAGCUGGCAGGAAACAUUCUGACCCUCAUUUGAUGGACAAGAGUGGUCAGGCUGUUUCUCCUCAGGCAGCAGCCCCACCAAACCUGGAUGCAAAGAACGGAGUCCAUCAUGACAACUCUGCUGUGGAUGUCAGCAAGGUUGACCUCCAUUUCAUGAAGAAAAUACCCAUAGGAGCCGAGGCCUCUAAUGUUCUGGUGGGGGAACUUGAAUUCUUGGACCGCCCCAUUGUGGCUUUUGUACGACUCUCUCCCGCUGUCCUCCUGACCGGACUAACAGAAGUUCCCAUUCCAACAAGAUUCCUUUUCAUUUUACUUGGUCCAGAUGGAAAAGCACAACAGUAUCACGAAAUUGGAAGAUCUAUGGCCACCAUAAUGACUGAUGAGAUCUUCCAUGAUGUUGCCUAUAAGGCAAAAGACCGCAGUGACCUACUGGCAGGGAUUGACGAGUUUCUGGACCAAGUCACCGUGCUUCCCCCAGGAGAGUGGGACCCAUCAAUCCGCAUUGAGCCACCUAAAAAUGUCCCGUCCCAGGAAAAACGAAAAAUGCCAUCAGUUCCCAACGGCAUGGUCUCCCAGGUGGAAGCAGAGCUCCACGCGGAGCAUCAUGGUCCAGAACUGCAGCGCACAGGCAGGUUGUUUGGGGGACUAAUCCUGGACAUCAAGCGCAAAGCCCCCUUCUACUGGAGUGACUUCCGUGAUGCUCUCAGCUUGCAGUGUAUUGCCUCCUUCCUCUUCCUCUACUGCGCUUGUAUGUCCCCUGUCAUCACUUUCGGAGGGCUGCUCGGGGAGGCCACCGAGGGACGCAUUAGUGCUAUUGAAUCGCUGCUUGGAGCUUCCAUGACAGGCAUUGCGUAUUCGCUGUUUGCCGGACAGCCGCUCACCAUUCUGGGAAGCACUGGACCUGUGCUAGUGUUUGAGAAGAUCCUCUUCAAGUUCUGCAGGGACUAUGAACUCUCCUACCUCUCACUGCGCACUUGCAUCGGCCUCUGGACUGCCUGCCUCUGUCUCAUCCUCGUGGCCACGGAUGCCAGUUCGCUGGUGUGCUACAUCACUCGUUUCACGGAGGAGGCCUUUGCAUCGCUCAUCUGCAUCAUUUUUAUUUAUGAAGCCAUCGAGAAGCUGAUCCACCUAGGAGAGCUGUACCCCAUCAACAUGAAGUCCGACCUGGACAGGCUAACCCUGUCUUAUUGCAAGUGCUCAGAACCAACAACUCCCAGCAACAAGACCUUACAGUACUGGGAGAACAACAACAUCACAGCGGCGUCCAUCUCCUGGGCUGACCUCACGGUCACGGAAUGUCACAAAUUUCACGGCGAGUUUGUGGGUCCCACCUGUGGACAUCAUGGCCCCUACACCCCAGAUGUCCUUUUCUGGUCAGUGAUCCUCUUCUUCUCGACGUUUGCCAUGUCAGGCUUCCUCAAGCAGUUCAAGACCAGCCGCUACUUUCCCACUCGAGUCAGGUCAAUGGUGAGUGACUUUGCAGUCUUCCUCACCAUCCUCUUGAUGGUCGUCAUUGACUACUUCUUAGGAAUCCCCUCACAGAAGCUCUUGGUUCCAAGUGUCUUCAAGCCCACACGAGACGACCGCGGCUGGCUCAUAAACCCCAUAGGACCAAAUCCUUGGUGGACGGUGCUGGCAGCUAUCAUUCCGGCUCUCCUCUGCACCAUCCUUAUCUUCAUGGACCAGCAGAUCACUGCUGUCAUCAUCAACCGGAAGGAGCACAAGCUCGUGAAGGGAUGUGGCUACCACCUGGACCUGCUGAUGGUGGGAAUCAUGCUAGGGGUAUGCUCCAUAAUGGGCCUGCCAUGGUUUGUGGCGGCCACCGUCUUGUCCAUCACUCACGUCAACAGCCUGAAGCUCGAGUCGGAGUGCUCUGCGCCAGGUGAACAGCCAAAGUUUCUGGGAAUCCGGGAACAACGGGUGACGGGCCUGGUGAUCUUUCUGCUCAUGGGCUGCUCCGUCUUCAUGACCAGCAUCCUUCAGUUCAUCCCGAUGCCAGUCCUGUAUGGUGUUUUUCUUUACAUGGGAGCUUCAUCACUGAAAGGAAUCCAGUUUUUCGAUCGACUCAAACUGUUUGGGAUGCCCGCGAAGCACCAGCCCGACUUCAUCUACCUGCGUCACGUCCCGCUGCGCAAAGUUCACCUUUUCACCGUCAUCCAGCUCACUUGCCUGGUGCUGUUGUGGAUCAUCAAGGCCUCGCCGGCAGCCAUUGUUUUCCCCAUGAUGGUGCUGGCCCUCGUCUUCAUUCGCAAAUUGAUGGAUUUAUGUUUCUCCAAGCGAGAGCUCAGCUGGUUGGAUGACCUCAUGCCAGAAAGCAAGAAGAAGAAGCUGGACGACGCCACCAAACAGGCCAAAGCUGAACAGGAAUCCGAAGGGAUGUUAGAGAAACAAGAGGAAAAGCAAGUGACGCCAGAGACCAGCAAGCUACUCCAUUCUACAAGGUGUGACCCUUCUGACAUCAACAUUUCUGAUGAGAUGUCCAAGACCACGGUUUGGAAAGCGCUGUCCCUAAACACGGACGGCUCGAAAGUCAAGGAGGAUGCUGCUUCUCCUGUAAGGAAUGUCUGACGUGGACUCCACUCUGCUGUGAAGAUUCCUCUGCAGGACGGUGGCCGUCGACAAAGGAACUCCAGGAAAUCUCAGUCAUCGCCCGCUCCGUGCCGUCCCUCCUCUCAAAGACCCGAGUAGCUCGAGGUCCCCCUUUAUGACCAUCCAGGCCUCUGCCAUCUCAGAGAUAUUGAACACAAGGUUCUUAAUCUCAAUUCAUGUUCUCCACCCUGGCAGGCAGCUGAGCUUCAUUUAAUUAGCUGUAUAUAUUUUUCAUUUUUUUUUAGUUUAUCUUCUUGAUAAGCCCUUCAUAAAUGUGGCACAUCUUGCCAACAAAUUGUACUCUGGUCCAGAAGGUCCUUUCCUCAACCUGCUUGCCAAGGCAGCUGGUGGCCACCACUCUGGUUGUCUUCACACAGGCAGGCAGAAAGGCCUCUUGGAGUAUAAAUAACGAAAAACGGGGCCCCAAAGGUGGCCUGUCCUCCUUCUGGCCUUGAAGCUGUCCGAUGGCUGUGCCACCAUUGCGCCACGCACCACAAAGAACUGCAAGGCCGGCUCUCCUUAAAAAUCAGAAGGUGGCCAUAUACCUCGAAAUAAAAGCCAGGCAGCAUCUGGACUGGCCCUCGAGGUCGCAGCACACCCGCCAUGCCACUCCGGACAGGUGAGCCACUUGGGCACUCGAUUCCCUUUUCCAUCCUGCCAGUCAUUGCGACCAAGUCGACGUUUUGCACUACAGCAGACACUUCAAACGCUUUGUCAGCGACAACUUCAUCCCCUGCAAUAGAAGCAGGCCCAGCGGUGACUGUGUGCUGCUGGGUAGGGUGGGCAAAAGCAAACCAAGGGGGGCAGCAGCCUGCCAGCCAAACUGCAGAAGUCACCCAUAAACUGGCACAUCGCAUUGAAAAAAAAAAAAAAAGAUUAGUACUGCUUAACAGCCAUCGAUCGUGGUCAGGUAAUACUAACAAAAAUUCUAUUUUCACAUCUAAUUUGUGUAUUUUAUAUAUAAAUAUAUUUAAGUUUGAGAAAAACAAAAUAAAUUAACGAGAAGUCACAUUCAGAAAAACUACUGGGGAAAAAAAUGCAGGCACAUUUUUUUCUAGCAUCUAAUUUCUUUGUAGUUGCGCUAUGUUUAGAAAUAGAGAUUAUUUUUAUUUGAACAAAUCCAAGAAUAUCUGUGUGUAUAAAAUCGAUGGGCUUCAUUUGAAUAAACAGCUGUCUCGGA